GGGACAAAUCAGUGGUUUGGGAUAAAUCUGCAAGGACAAGAGGACACAGGGCUCAAAACUGGGACUGUCCCGGGUAAAUAGAGACCUGUGUUCACGCUAUACCUUCUCCAAAGCACGGGCCCACGGAGCUCCCUACCCCUUUAAUAUUGGAGCUUUAACGCAGGCUUGUUUUCCAGAGCCACCGGCCACUUCGCUUACUUCCUGGUGCGCCAGAGAGAGGCAGUGCUGAGACCGACCGGAGCAAUAGUGUGAGAGACAUUCACACAGAAAAACACAUAGAGGAGAGACGAGAGGGGCUGGAGACGCGAUACGAACUGUUGUCUUGAAUCCCACGAAGCCCCCUUCUCUCUGUCUCGCCUUUAUUUUUGUAAAUUUGGACAUUUCUGGCCCGAAUCGAGUCGUUUUUUCUCCGCUGGUUGGUGCGCAAAGGAGACCGCUUUUGGAUGACGGUCGGCUGCGGCUAAAGCGGAAUUGUAACGGGGGGAACCUAUAUCCCUCCCUCCCCUCCGACGAAGAUUUUUUUUUCUAUUUUUCAACAUUUACAGUCAUUUCGGGAGGACUAAUCUAACUGUUAUUUUCAUUCGUUUUGACGUUUCCUCGUGGAAGGGUUAGGGCGACGGAAGAUGGGUUGUUUGGGCAACAGUAAGACAGAGGAUCAACGCAUCGACGAAAAGGCACAACGAGAAGCUAAUAAAAAGAUCGAAAAACAGCUGCAAAAGGAGCGACAAGCGUAUAAAGCCACGCACAGGCUCUUAUUGCUUGGUGCGGGAGAGUCCGGAAAGAGCACCAUUGUAAAGCAGAUGAGAAUCCUACACGUCAAUGGAUUCAACGCGGAAGAAAAGAAACAGAAAAUCCAAGAUAUCCGGAAAAACGUGAAGGAUGCAAUAGUGACUAUAGUGUCGGCGAUGAGCACUUUAAUACCCCCUGUCCCGCUAGCCAACCCAGAGGACCAAUUCAGAAUCGAAUACAUAAAAAGCAUAGCACCGCUUUCGGACUUCGACUAUCCACAGGAGUUCUUUGACCACGCAAAGAAGUUAUGGGAUGAUGAAGGAGUCAAGGCCUGUUUCGAGAGGUCAAACGAGUACCAGCUCAUCGACUGUGCACAAUAUUUUCUGGACAGAAUCGACUCAGUAAGACAGAGUGACUACACACCCACGGACCAGGACCUUCUACGCUGCCGAGUGUUAACUUCAGGGAUUUUCGAGACGCGGUUCCAAGUAGAUAAAGUCAACUUUCACAUGUUCGACGUUGGAGGCCAGAGAGACGAGAGGAGAAAAUGGAUCCAAUGCUUUAACGAUGUCACUGCGAUCAUCUUCGUGGUGGCCAGCAGCAGCUACAACAUGGUAAUAAGGGAAGACAACAACACCAACAGACUACGGGAAGCACUCGACCUCUUCCGCAGCAUUUGGAACAACAGAUGGUUACGCACUAUAUCCGUCAUAUUAUUCCUCAACAAGCAGGACAUGUUGGCAGAGAAAGUAUUAGCUGGAAAAUCCAAAAUCGAAGACUACUUUCCUGAAUAUGCUCGCUACACCAUACCAAAUGAAGCCACCCCCGAACCCGGCGAGGACCCAAGAGUCACAAGAGCUAAGUUUUUCAUCCGGGACGAGUUUCUUCGGAUCAGCACUGCGAGUGGGGACGGCCGCCACUACUGCUACCCUCACUUCACCUGCGCCGUGGACACAGAGAACAUCCGCCGCGUGUUCAACGACUGCAGAGACAUCAUACAGAGAAUGCACCUGCGCCAGUACGAACUCUUGUGAUGGACACGCCCCCUCUCCCCCCCGAGGCCCCGCCCCUCUCAACCCGACCCAACGCCCCGCCCCUCUCGACCCGACGCCCCCGUAAACCCCGCCCCUCUGACCUCUCACCUGCCCCGGGACGAUGAAGUACUACUGAAGUGUGUCAAAAUCCUCUUCUUAGCUUUUUCUACGUUUUUUCUCAAUGAUGACGGAAUAGUUGGAGUUUUUGAAGACAUUCGGGGAACAAGUUUGCCGUGUGCCGCUGGUUAAUUUUUUUUUUUUUUCCAUAAAACGCCUUGAUUUUAAAUGUCAUUCCACUAAAAGAGCCUCGCGCUACCUCCUUAAUUUUGCCCCUUUUGUGUCUUUUUCCUUUUCGUUUUUGUUUUUUUCAUAAUUUUAGUUUAUUUUUCGACUUCCUUUGGACCUAAUUUGUUGGGUGUGAAACUUGAAACCAACCGGACCUCAUUGUAGAGGCUAGGCGUGCUAUGAAGAUGAUUUUGUGUGAAAAUGUCUGGCAACCUCCAUAACGUUUCCCAAUAUAUAUUUUUGAAGGAGAAAGACAAACGUAUGAAGAUUUAAAUGCACUUUGCUUCAGGUUCCUUAAUAAUUUCGUUUUUUUGAAUUUUUCGUUUUGAAUUUUUUUUUUUUUUUUUUUUUGUCCAGAGGAAGCAUACACACACAAUGUAGCAUCACUAUAUUUAUUAACCCUGGUGUUAACUCGAGGGGCGAACGGAGGAGAAAUUUGUGGAUUUUUUUGACUUUUUUUUUUUUUUUUUUGACAAUUUUUUUUUUUUUUUUUUGAAGGAUUAUUAUUAUUCUAACGCGGGACUGAGUUUGCACCUUAGCCCCCCUCUCUACAAACUCCAAAAAUACCACCCAACCCUUUCCGCUUUCAGACAGGAGGGACCACGAAGAGAAAGAUGACGAUUUUUGUUUUGUUUUUUUUUUCUUCUUUUUUUUGUUUAACUUGUACACUGUGCAAGGUUGGGUUAUCCUGUACAGACUGUAAAAUGUAAUAUUAUUUUGUACAACCUGAUUGAAAGAAAAACAAAUCUACUUGUAGAUCUUUGUGCCUUGAAUAUGGCUGUACUUGUAAUAUGAGCUCAUGUAAGUAUGUUUUUUUGACUGCGCUGUACAGCUUUGAUGUCAACCUCUCUGCAGCCGACAAUGACUGCGGGUGGGGCAAUUUCUCUGUAGAAAUUAGUUUUUUCUGGUUUAUAAAAAAAAAAAAAAAAAACUGAAAUCCUGUUUAGUAAAAAAUAAAAAAAUAGGGAAAACUCCUUAAAAACCUGUAUACAUUAUGCAAAAUUAACCACUUACCUGCAGUGAAGACAGCGCCAUGCCUUUUUGUUUUCUUCUCUCUCUAUUUUGGUUUGAACUCCUCCUUUCGUUUUAUUUGACGAUAUUAUUAUAAUGAUUUGAACUUCACAGCUUUAAACAGACAUUGGAAAUCCAUUGUUUUUUGAUAGGAUUUUUGCAGUAUGCGUGAGGUGUAUAUAGAGACAUAGGCAUAGACGGUGCGUUUCUAUGCCGGAGUGAGAGAGACUUUUCUUAAUGUAUGUACGUGUAAAUUUAUAGCUCUAUUAUAAAUAUUAAUGUACAAUUCAACCUGUUUAAUUAUGUGUGUGCCUAUAGAAUAUGUAUACAAGAAAACGUAUGCAUAUGAUAGGAAAGCAUGUCUAGAGAAUGGUGAACAUGAGGGCGUGCAAUAUAACUACUAACCCUUUUCGGUCCUUUUUGGCGCCCUCUACUGGCACAGGCACUAAAUGAAUGUGUGAGCAGCACCGACUACAGCUCUUCUUCUUCUUCUUCUUGUUUUUCCUUCCUUCCCUCCCUCCCUGCCCUGCCCUGCCCCGUCCUUUCCCUUCCUGUGUACAAACAACAUCAGCCUUUCUCUCUUCUCUUUCUCUCUUUCUGUCUCUUUCUCUUUCUCUCUUACGGCACGUCCACCCCCCCUACAGGCAGACAGAGUGAACUGACCAGGCCGAUUACAAAUGACAUUUUUAUUUUCUCUAAAUAAAGAGGCACAUUAGCGGA